CACGUUUCAGGAGCGCGAAUUUGAAGCGAUUUUCUCGACCAGACGUCGACUCCAUCUGCGAAACGAGUCAUCUGUACCAUUUCUUCCUUCUCUGGAUUUCGAUCUUCUUUUCCGUAGCGAUGCGUUUGCUUUUGUUCUAAGUUGACUUUCUCCACAAAUGGCAGCGCCAUCUCUCUUCCUCCAUCAACCCAUCUGCAGAUUCGAUUCCAUUCGUUCCUCUGUUCCCGCUGACAAUAAUUCCCAUCGUAUAUCGACGCUUUCGCUUCGAUUACGGAGAUCCAGCUCGACUUACUCCCUUGGGCUUCUCUUGAAUCGGAGUAUUUGGGCUGUUUCUGGCCCAAAAAUUAUGGAGGAGUCCGUCAAAACCUAUGCCUGGAGAGAUGGCGGCAGUGAUGAUGGAGAAGAACGAGUGCGGGUGUUCGAACAAGAGGUGUUAAUUAAUGGUUCAUCGGAACCCCAGAACGAGUUGGUCGCCGGCGGCGGGAUCGAAGGCACUGUCAAUCGUCUGAGCAAAUGGGUUGUGGCUACUCUCUUUGGUACUGUUAUUCUCUUAAGACACGAUGGGACAGCCUUAUGGGCUUUGAUCGGAUCCGUUUCAAAUUCUGUGCUCUCUGUAGCUCUAAAACGAAUACUAAACCAAGAGAGACCUGUUGGGACUUUGCGUUCUGAUCCUGGGAUGCCAUCUUCUCAUGCUCAAUCCAUUUCUUUCAUCUCUGUGUUUGCCAUUUUGUCGGUUUUGGAAUGGCUUGGAACCAAUGAAGUCUCUUUGUUUCUCAGCACCCUCAUCCUCGCAUCGGGGUCAUAUUUCACAUGGUUAAGGGUUACGCAGAAGCUACAUACGGUGAGUCAAGUAGUGGUGGGUGCCAUCGUGGGUUCUGUUUUCUCCAUCGUAUGGUACAUAGCUUGGAACUCAUUUGUGCUUGAAGCUUUUGUCUCGUCCUUUUCUGUACGAGUUGCUGUCUUUCUGGCUGCUGCUGGAUUUGCUCUUGGAUUUGCCGUGUAUGUUGUCCUCAAUUGGUUUAGAGAUGACCGAUGAACUUCUGUUCAUUCAUUGUGCUAACCACUUUGACUUUCGGCUCUC